GCAUGGCGGCCCACUCGUGAGCUCAACUAGCUAGAAUGUUCUAGCUCUUUCACAUGUCUGUGUUUAUAGCAGGAGACACGCUCAUCUCCUGCUAUUUAGAGAAGCACAGUUUGUCGCGGUACAUCAGAACUCCACAAAGGUGUGUAAGUCAUGUCAGACAACAGACAAGACAGGAGGUACCCCCAGAACCUUCAAGGGGUCCUGCAGCUGGCAGUGGAGGCAGGGUCAGCUGCUGAGGGUCCAGUCCCUUCAGAGCCAAUGUCAGAGGAGAGGAAGACCUGGCUGAGAGAGGCUCUGUCAGAUAUCUGCAAAGGUCAGAUGGAUGAAGUGGAGCAGAUGAAGCAGAGCCUGGCUGUCCUGCAGAGAGAAGAGCCAAACGAAAAGGAGCAAAAUGGUGAAGAAGAGAGGGAAGAGGAUGAGGAAGAUGAGCGAGAAAUGGCCUUUGAGAUGCUGUCUGAGUUGUGUGAGAAUCUGGACAAUGCCAGAGAUCUGAUGACACUUGGUGGCCUGGAGCUGUGUGUCUCCAGGUAUCUUUGUCACGUCCAGAGCGGGCUGAGGUGGCGGGCCGCCCAGCUCCUCGCCUCCUGUGCUCAGAAUAUGCCCCAGGUCCAGGAAUACCUGCUUAAAGCUGACGUGCUGCCAAAGCUGCUGCAGCUGACGGAUUCAGACCCCAAUCCCACCGUCAGGGUGAAAGCCCUGUACGCCGUUUCAUGUUUGGUCCGAGAGCAGGAAGCCGGACUGCAGGCGUUCGUCUCUCACGAUGGUUUCUCGGUGCUGAUGAGGGGUAUGCAGUCUGAAAACGAGAAAGUCCGGACCAAGUCUGCUUUCCUUCUGCUCAACCUGCUGACCUCUAACCCGGAACACAAAGAAACGGUUGUGUCGAUGGGGAUGGUGCAGCAGCUGGUUUCUGUUCUCCGCUCACCGCAUUCGCCUUUCCACGAGCACGUGCUUGGUGCUCUCUGCUGUUUGGUUGAGGGCUUUCAACAAGGCCUGGAAGACUGCAGGAACCCGGCUUUGGGUUUGGAGGAAUUCCUCAAGCAGCGAACCAAAGAGCUCCAAGGAAAAGAAGAAAGUCAGGAGGAACUUGACUUCUGUGAGCGUUUGAGAGUUUUGUGCUUCAACGGGCAGCAGACAGAAGACAUUGGGAUGGAUCGCUGAGGCAAUUUAUAUUUUUAAACCUUGCCUGUUUUUGCUUCUGUAUGAAAAGAAAAAUAUAACGGAACAUUCAUGGGCCGAAUCGUGGAUGUGGAGCAACAUUUUUUGUCUGUUACGACAGCUGAUGUUGAUGUUUUGCAUGUACAUGUUGGAUUUUUACCGUGUAAAUAGUUGUUCUGUAUAAAGCUUCUCUUCAACUCUUC